UUAUAACACGUAUUUACUGGUAAUUUUGAAUUACGUUAGACUUUGAAAAAAAUACAAAGGCUUUAUGAUCAGAUUAUGCGCGCGUGCUAGGCCGUUUGGGUAGCUUUUCUAAAUGUUUGAAUUGCUUGCAUGCAUGUGUAAACCAGUCUACGAUGUAAACCAGCAGCUAGCUAAUGUUAGCUUGGCUAGAUCAGAGGAGAAAGUGUGUUUGCGGUCGUUUUGACAGCUCACCAGAAAUAGAAAAUACUUUCCGGCCGUUUGGAGAUUUUAAGUUUUACCGGUUCGCGGCUGAUGACAAAAUAAGUGUUCCACGAUAAUAUGCCUUAGAGAGUUGAAAAAGCCAAGGUUAUCUAGCCAUUCACGUACAGUAGAUGAUGUUUCCUUAAUGUCGAGGGACGUGACGCCAAAUUUCGUUUACAAAUCUCAACAUUCACGUUAAAGAUUUUUUACUCAAAUAUAAAUUCUUGGUAUAACGUGAAUGAAGACACUGCACGUAAGAGUUGGGAAACACGUCUAUUCAAACAACAUCCUACCAAAACACAACGUGUUGGUGGCGGUACCAAGCAACACACUCAUUUAUGACAUUUGGCCUAUUUUAUUGACACAUGUUGUUUAACGGAUCUUUUAAAUGCCGAAAUUAUCUUAACAUAUUAACAAAUACAGAUAAGUCUUAAUCUAUGUUUCCUUAUUUUUUUAAAACUUAUUUCUAGUAGAAAUACCAAGCGAAAUUGCUAUUUUAAAGCGAUAAUCGGUUCUCUUUUAAUAAAACGGCCUUUAUUGUAGUUAUAGUAUUUUUUGUAUAGUUUGCAUAUUUUUUUUACCGCAGUGAAGAGCUGUAUUAAGGAGGUGGAGCAUCCCGCUGGGUGCACGGCGUGUCAUGGAUGCAAUAAAAGAGGGUCACAAGAGCACCCUGAGCUCGGGCAAAAUGGUAGCUCUGGCUGCGGGGCUCUCUGUCGGGGCCACAGUGGGCUACAUCGUCUAUCGCCAUAUAAGCAGCAGCAACAACAUUAGUCAGGGGCCCAACACUGACGUGUCCAAGAUGACACUUCCAGUGGAGGUUUAUAAGAACAUAUCCAGACACCAAGCCAGGUUUUUGGACAUGAUGACCCAGAAGUCUGGCGCUCAUGUGAGGGUUUUGUCAGAUUCCGUAGAGCCUGGCUGUAAGACUGUAUGUUUCCUGCUGCAGGGCUCUAAGGAGCAGGUCCUGCUGGCCCGCUGUGUCCUGGAGAACCUGGUCACUGACUGUGAACCAGUGACUGAGGCUUUGGAAGUUCCUCAGACAGCCUUUGGGCGUAUAAUAGGCCGUGGUGGAGAGAGUUUGAAACUGAUCACCAGGACCACAGGGGCCAAAGUGGCUUGUUCCAAAGAGAAGACACUGGGUCCUGGGGCCAAGGGCAACGUGACCAUCGCAGGGACCAGACAGGAGGUGGAACAGGCCAAGGAGCUGAUUCUAGAAAAAGUCAGAGAGGACAUGAUGGUGAGGACGAAGAUUUCCCAGUCGUCUGCCCUGCGGCAGAAACGUGGCCACACUGCUGUGAAUCAGAGGUCGUACAGCACAGAGACUGAAGCACCAGUGGGCUUUAACAACAAUGGUCUCUGCUCCCAGACAGAGAAAAACGGGCUUAUCCAUGCUAAUGGUACCAAAAGACAACCAGAAAAUAUUUUUGACAAGAUCGAGGAGCUGAAAAUCACCAACACAGACAACAAGGAGGAGGAGGACAGUGUCUCCACAGACUCUCUCUCUGAAGUUUCAAAGUUUGAAAUUCCCAGCCCGGACCUGAGCUUCCAGCCUGAUGAACAUCUCGAGGUUUAUGUUUCUGCAUCAGAGAACCCAAACCACUUCUGGAUCCAGAUCCUGGGGGUUCGAUCCCUUCAGCUGGACAAACUGACAGAGGAGAUGACCCGCUUCUAUAACAGUGGCAACCCCACAGAGCACAGGGUGGAGACCAUUGUGGUCGGGGACAUUGUGUCUGCUCCAUACCACAACCACGGCACGUGGAACAGGGCCAGGGUGCUGGGAGUGCUGGGCUCUGGAGUGGUGGACCUUUACUAUGUUGACUUUGGGGACAACGGGGAGCUGGCCAGAGACAGCCUCUGCCGUAUGAGGAGUGACUUCCUCAGCUUACCAUUCCAAGCUAUUGAGUGCAACUUAGCAGGAGUGAGACCAAAAGGAGAGGUGUGGACUGAGGGUGCACUGGAUGAUUUUGAGCAGCUGACGUACUGUGCCUCCUGGAGCCCCCUGCAGGCCAAACUCUGCAGCUACUCUCACUCUGAGAUCUCCUCCUGGCCCAGUGUCAAGCUGUACGACAACAGUGAGGGCAAGACUGUAGAUAUUGGUGAGGAGCUCAUAAGGCUGGGCCAUGCGGUCAGCUUCCAGGAAGUGGUGAACGGGAGGACUGAGGGCGAUAAUCUUGGCUGUCUACAGAGGAUGCUGGAUGACGUGAUAGGAGCAUCAUCAGAGCUAAGUCUUUCCUGUAUCAGUUUAUCAGAAGCUGCGUCAAUCUCAGGAAGUGUCGAUGAUGUCAUAGAAGAUGAGCUGAUCUGAGACCAAAGAUGUACAUAAAUAUCAAGCACUGACCAUCCACUCCUCAGCAUCAGUUCGAAGGAGAAGAAGGAGACGUUUCCUUGUCUGACCCUAACUCCACCACGUUAAUCCUCAUCGUCAAGCCUUACCAACAGUUAUUUAAGCCAUAUUCACUUUAUUGUUGUCACUUCAGUACAAUUCUUAUGUUUUGCCUUGAUGCUGUUCUGUGGUACCCAACACUGCUUUGCUUAUAUGUGUCGUUACUAUAUUUUGUGUUCAAAAAAUGAAGAGAGGAACAAAAACGGAAUGCCAGUAUUAUUUUUGGAAAGCACUGUGAUGAGUCAGUGUAAAAGAAGGCAGCUGGUUUGCUUAAUAUUCAGUUUUUUUCUCUACUUGUAUGUAUAUUAAGAUUGAAUGUCCUACAUAUUGGGCUUCACAAGUUAUUAUAUUUUGGAAAUGAAACGAUACAGUAGUAUUGAAUGUGAACCGCAGAUUGUGUUCAGUGUAAAGCUAUGGCAUCUACUGUAUCAAUACAGAGGAAAGUGUUAGUUUGUCUUCAGAGGUGUAAUACACUGCACUAUAUAGAAUAAAGGAUUUAUUUUAUGUCA